UACCCAGGAUACCACUCAUUUGACAAGGAAUCACACACAGAGCAGCCUUCUCCACUGUGCAAGAUGUAUCAGCCAGGGAUCCUGGGUAGAAGAUCAAGUUUUUGGAAACCAUGGAUGGUCGCUCUGAUCAUCACAGCUGUUUUGUUGGUUCUGGCAAUAAUUAUUGGCCUCCUUGUUAAUUUUUUGGCAUAUGAUCAGAAGAUUCACUAUUACCAGGCCUCCUUCCAGAUUCCCAGUAUGAGAUAUAAUUCUGAUUUGUCUGUAGAGCAGUCAAAACUUAGUACUGACCUCAAACAAAAACUCAACAAUGAGAUAGAUAAAAUAUUUCGAAGAUCCAGUUUAAAACACCACUACAUCAAAUCUCAUGUUGCCAGCUUCAGGUCAAGUAAUGAUGGUUUGAAAGCAGACAUACUGAUUAAAUUUCAGUUUCCCUCUUACAACGCAGACACCAUGAAAAGACAAGCUGAUAACAUUUUGCAUAAGAAGAUUCAGGCCAGCAAUAGCUUCUUGAAGGGAGAUGCUUCAUUGCCUUACCUUAGAGAAAUGAACAGAGCACAAGCAGAACAUAUUCUAAACAGCAGCUGUGGCUUGGGGAUGGAGUACCCCCCGACAGCAAGAAUUGCUGAUGGCAUAACUGCAGACAGAGCUGCCUGGCCAUGGCAAACCAGCCUACAGAUGGACAACAUCCACCUUUGUGGUGCAUCUCUGAUUAGCUCCCAGUGGCUUGUGACGUCUGCUCACUGCUUUGACAAUUACAAAAACCCCAAACUGUGGACCGUCAGUUUUGGAACAACCCUAAACCGCCCACUGAAGAAAAGGAAGGUGCAGUCUAUCAUCGUUCAUGAAAACUACGCGGCACACAAGCACGAUGAUGACAUCGCGGUGGUCAAGCUCGCCACCCCAGUCCUGUUUUCUGAAGACCUGCGCAGAGUCUGUCUCCCAGAUGCUAGUUUUGAAGUCUUGCCUAAGAGUAAAGUGUUUGUCACUGGAUGGGGAGCAUUAAAAGCAAAUGGUCCAUUUCCAAAUUCUCUACAAGAAGUUGAAAUAGAGAUCAUAAGCAAUGAUGUAUGUAACCAAGUUAAUGUAUAUGGUGGUGCCGUGUCAUCAGGAAUGAUAUGUGCCGGAUUCUUGACAGGAAAAUUAGAUGCUUGUGAGGGUGAUUCUGGAGGGCCUCUGGUUAUUGCACGUGAUAGAAGUAUCUGGUAUCUUAUUGGAAUUGUUAGCUGGGGAAUAGACUGUGGAAAAGAAAACAAGCCUGGAAUUUACACCCGAGUGACUCACUAUCGGGACUGGAUUAAAUCUAAAACUAACAUCUAAUCCAGCAUCUACAUACAAACUGUGAAAGCCAUGAGUGCUCCACAGUAAACUGUCUAGUAUUUUAUGUCUUAUAUAUUGUCAUCUAGUCCAAGAUGCAAAUAAGUGCGAUCUGGCAACUUUCCCCUUAAAUAUGAAAGGGACAGGUUUUCAAAUCAUUGGAAGGGUUUUGUGGACCACGAGCACAGAAGACAUUGUCACAUCCACAAUGGUCUACCUUUCUGUAGAGUGUCUCUGAUUAACUUCUAGCUCAUAUUUAUUCAACUUAAUCUAUCAGGUAAAUAAUAAAUACCAACUAUUAAGGCAUUCUCUACUUUUCUUCUGACAGAGUAUGCUCCCUUCCCUGAUACCUCCAUAAUUUUUGUCUUCUUCAUCAAAUAAACUUCAUUAGCACUUUGUUGGUCCACUGACAAGCCAAGCCAAGAUCAUUAUUUCAAUCACUGAUGAUGCACAUGAUAGAGGAGGCACUGGACAUGAAGCUAGGAUCUAAGAGUACUUUAGUGAGUCCAUCCUCUUCUGCCUUUGGAUAUACAUUUAAACUCUCCUUGAAAGUAAUAUUUGGACUCAGUUGUGCAUAUUUCAAUUUCUGUAGACAAUUAAAUUAUUGUGUAUUUUGAAACAAUGGGUAAAUUCUUAGAUCAGAUAGCAGAAGAAAUAUACAUGAUUCCUAUUAUAGGGUUCUUUUCCAACUAUGUAAACAUACCUUUCCAUACUUGGAAAUUAAAGAUGAUGUUUCAUGACAUUUUCAUUACAUUGAAAUGUAAGUGGGAAAGAAUCCAAUGAGAAGGAGUUACUUUAAGCUCUAUCCUCCCCAAUGAGAGGUUUGAAUCCUUGUACAAAUUUACUUUUUACUUUAUUAUCCUUUGAUGCAUUUUAUUUAACCAUUGUAUUUUUAACAAGUUUCAAAAACUGAAAGACCUACAGAAUGGGAAGCCAGUAUAGACACAUUUCAAUAAAAUGUUCAUAAACAACUGACUUGUGAAGGCAAAUAGAGGUAGACAGUCAUAAGAAACCUGAUACAAGAUUUUGGUAAACAUUGCUGUGCAAUAUUUAAAUUUACUAUAAAAAUGGCAAGUAUAUUGUUCAAUAUAAUAUUUAUAUAAAACAUUCAGAUAAUCAAGAAAGCACCUAUAAAAUAGCUUAAUUUUGUAAGAUUGUCGUUUUAUGUAUUAAAUUGCAUAUUUUGUAGUACCAUAUAUGACUAAGAUUAAUAUUAAAACAAAUUCAAACUUA